AAAACAUCCAUGAAUACUAUUAUUGAUUUAUGUUCCUGUUAUAAUCAAUGAUCAUGUGAUCAUGUUUAGUUAGGGUGGCUGUUCUGGUUAAGUAUAUACCACAAUAAAAAUGGCAACAAGAGGAACAUCAGAAGAUUUCAUGAAUGUUUGUGACAGAGAACUAGGUAUUGAUGACUUUUAUGAUGUGUACGAUGAAAUCAAGCCACUUUCUGCUCAUUGGAAGCAAAUUGCCAUUUCGUUUCGUCUCAGAAUAAACACUAUCAAUACCAUAGAAGCUAAACACAAUGGAAAAGUUCUCAAUUGUCUUCAGGAGGUUCUUGAGUGUUGGCUAAAGAAAGAUUAUGAUUUCAAACGUCAUGGUGUUCCUUCCUGGAGGAAGGUGUGUGUGGCUGUCAAAGAAGGAGCAGAUGACCCAGCAUUAGCUGAUAAAAUAGCACAAGAAAAUUCAGCUACUACUGGAGGAACUACUCCUCAUCCUCUACCAGCUACUACUGGAGGAGCUACCCCUCACAUUGAAGAAGCUGGUUCUACAGCCAUUAUUUCAACUCCCUCUAUCUAUGUUCCUAAGACCAUAAUAGAUUUCAAGAUUCACAGAGAGUUAUCUAAAUUACAGGAGCAAUUCGUUGAAGGGAUUCAAAAAACAAUAGAAGACUAUUCAGCAAGUGGAUAUGAUGCGCCAGAUUUUAUUGAAUACAUCACAGCACGUAUGGUCACUUUACUGAGCCCCCAUGAGAAUACUCUAGAUAAAGUACAAGCAGUUAGAAAAGAGUUCAAAGAUAUAAAAACUCUAAAGGAUUUUUUUGGUUUACUGCAAGACAAGUAUACAUCAUGGUUCAAGCAUCAACCAAUAACGAAGCUUGUUUAUGAUUAUCCCCUCGAGUAUCUGGAUCCACAUGAUUAUGACUAUGAAAUAGAUGCACCAACUUUUUGGUCUAGAUAUAAAGACCGUUUACAUGAAUACUUUGAGAAGUGGAUUACAGUAGCUGAUCCUACUUCAUAUGGAAUAACUGAUGCUCCUUCUGGUGAACAAAUACUCAUAGUUAAAGUUGAUCGAGGUGACUACAAUCAGAAUGACCUCUACUUCUUACGCAAAGCAAUACCAGCAGAACUUGACAAACCUGAGUUAAAACUCUACCUUUGCCAAGUUCUUCCGAAUUAAAAUUCUAAUCAUUAUUUUAGGAUUUUUUCUACAUGCAAUUAAUAAUUCUAUUCUGUA